GAGCUUUAGAGACUGCAGGGACGCCUCCACUAGCACCACCGCCUCCCAGUUUCCCCUUGUGGAUGCACAGCCCUUUUGGCUCCGCUCCUACCAGCGCAGAGGGGCCCAAAGAGACCGAAGGAGCGAAUUCAGGACGGGAUUUCUGAGGAAGGGGAGAGGACGAGUGCCCCACCCGCUCUGGGAGGGGGGCGGUGAAUGAUGAAGGGCCGGCGGCGGCGGCGCCGAGAGUACUGCAAGUUUGCACUGCUUUUGGUGCUGUACACACUGGUGCUGCUGCUCGUCCCCUCGGUACUGGACGGCGGUCGUGACGCGGACAAGGGUGCCGGGCACUGCCCAGGCCUACAGCGCAGCCUGGGAGUGUGGAGCCUGGAGGCGGCGGCGGCGGGAGAGCGUGAGCAGGGGGCAGAGGCGCGGUCCGCCGCCGAGGAGGGUGCGGGCCAGUCCCCCUGGUCCCCGGGCAACCUCAGCAGCGCCCUCAGGGAGUCGGUGUCUGGUGAGAAGCAGCACAUCUAUGUGCAUGCCACCUGGCGCACCGGCUCAUCGUUCCUGGGCGAGCUUUUUAAUCAGCACCCAGACGUUUUCUACUUGUACGAGCCCAUGUGGCAUCUCUGGCAGGCUCUGUAUCCGGGAGACGCCGAAAGCCUACAGGGCGCGCUGCGCGACAUGCUGCGCUCACUUUUCCGCUGCGACUUCUCAGUGUUGCAGCUGUAUGCGCCGCCGGGGGACCCAGCCGCGCGCGCCCCGGGCACGGCCAAUCUCACCACGGCUACCCUCUUUCGCUGGCGAACCAACAAGGUCAUCUGCUCGCCGCCCCUGUGCCCCGGCGCGGCCAGUACCCGAGCCGAGGUCGGCCUCGUCGAGGACGCCGCCUGCGAGCGCAGCUGCCCACCGGUGGCUCUGCGCGCCCUGGAGGCCGAGUGCCGCAAGUACCCGGUGGUGGUCAUCAAGGACGUACGCCUCCUCGAUCUUGGUGUGCUGGUGCCCCUACUGCGUGACCCCGGCCUCAACCUGAAGGUGGUGCAGCUUUUCCGCGACCCACGAGCAGUGCACAACUCUCGCCUGAAGUCCAGGCAGGGGCUGCUGCGCGAGAGCAUCCAGGUGCUGCGCACCCGCCAGAGGGGCGACCGUUUCCACCGCGUGUUGCUGGCGCAUGGCGUGGGCGCUCGCCCUGGCGGCCCGUCCCGCGCGCUGCCGGGUGUGCCACGCACCGACUUCUUCCUGACCGGCGCGCUCGAGGUGAUCUGCGAAGCCUGGCUGCGCGACCUGCUCUUCGCGCGCGGGGCUCCCACCUGGCUACGGCGCCGCUACCUCAGGCUGCGCUACGAGGACCUGGUGCGGCAGCCGCGCGCCCAGCUGCGCCGCCUGCUGCGCUUCGCCGGACUGCGAGCUGUGGCCGCCCUCGACUCCUUCGCGCUGAACAUGACGCGAGGCGCGGCCUACGGCGCGGACCGGCCCUUCCACCUGUCCGCGCGCGACGCCCGAGAGGCUGUGCACGCCUGGCGCGAGCGCCUGAGCCGAGAGCAGGUGCGCCAGGUGGAAGCCGCCUGUGCUCCGGCCAUGCGUCUGCUGGCCUACCCUCGCAGCGGAGAGGAGGGUGACGCCGAGCCGGUGGACAAGGAGACGCUGCUGGAGGUGGAGAACGACAGCGCCACGUAGACCCCACACCCGCUUCCCGGGGGGCGGAUCCGGGUCAGUCACCAUGAACCAGGGCACUCAGCAUGUUGCCUCAGCACUGGAGAAGCUACGCUGUGGAAGCAAUCUAUCACACUGUCAGAGACCAGUACUUGAUUUGGUACCAACUGCUGUGCAGUUCUGCAGAGCAGGAAUGUCAUGAUCUUAUUAAAUAAUGACCAACACAUUGGUUGAGACAAAGUUUCCACUAAGGAAGUGACAGUGCAAUGUGGAUAUUUAUGCUAAUAAAGUAAGAAGAGCUUUAUAGUUCCCAGCCUGAACCUGCCUCUGCUGGAGCCAUUUCAACAAGGUGUCCUCACAACAAAGAAGAGACAUGAUUUGGUACCAUUUCCCAUCAGCAAGUGUCUGGAUAAAACAUCAAUGUGAAUAAGGGCCAAGUGCAGUCCUGUGUAUCUUGAUUAAGUUACUUACUAUUCAAUAAAAGGUCUGAGUGGUAAUCUUUCAAACCUGAUUCGUCUUCUUCAAAUAGUUUACUUCACCCUUGCCCCUGAACCAAUUUUUAAAAAGUAAUUUCUCUCCCUGGGGUGGAAAAACUAAUGAAUAGAAACAAAUUUUGCUUUUAAAUUGUUCUAUCUGGUAUUUUUGUAAUUAUACUAUUAAAUGACUCUGGAGUCAUGCUAAU